AUGGCCUCUGUCCGAUCGGCUCUUGGGGGGAUGCCCCGCAAAACCGCGUUGCUGUCCAGCUAUAACCCCUCCAUCCCCAGACCCAGGACGUAUUUAUCUUUGUCUCCGCCAUUGUCUUCAUCGUCGCCUCGUUCGAGCACCGAAACCCUUACCUCUACCCCCAGAUUCCGCCAAGCUCCAGCCCAGAGGCGCCAUCUAGCCGCAAUGUCGACCCAAGCUUCGCACCCAGCACUGCUCAUCCCUGGGCCCAUUGAAUUCGAUGAUGCCGUGCUCCAGUCAAUGAGCCACUUCAGCGAGAGUCAUGUCGGCCCUACCUUUGUGAACACCUUUGGCGAGACCCUAGGCCUACUUCGCCCGCUCUUCCAGACCACCAAUCCUGCUUCCCAGCCUUUCGUCAUCAGCGGCUCCGGUACCUUGGGCUGGGAUCUGGUAGCUGCCAACUUGGUUGAGGCCGGUGAGGAUGCUUUGGUGUUGAGCACCGGCUACUUUGGUGACAGCUUCGCCGACUGCUUGGCCACGUAUGGGGCCAAGCCUACCAAGCUGGAGGGACCCGUUGGUGGACGACCCCAGGUGCCGGAAAUCGAAAAGGCUCUUUCGGAGAAGAAGUACAAGAUUGUUACCGUCACCCAUGUCGACACUUCCACUGGCGUUGUCAGCGACCUCAAGAGCGUUGUUCAGGCUGUGAGGAAGGUUUCUCCGGAGACGUUGGUCAUUGUAGACGGUGUUUGCAGUGUUGCUUGCGAGGAGAUUGCAUUUGACGACUGGGAUCUGGACGGUGUUAUCACGGCUCCUCAGAAGGCGAUUGGCUGCCCUGCCGGCUUGUCGAUUUCGAUGUUCAGCGGACGCGCGAUGGAGGUCUUUAAGAAUAGAAAGACUCCUCCUGCGUCUUAUUUUGCUUCAUUCAAGAACUGGGCCCCUAUCAUGCAAAACUACGAGGCCAAGAAGCCCUCAUACUUUGCGACCCCAUCACCGCAGCUUGUACGCGCUCUAAAUACCGCUCUGAAGCAAAUCCUGGCUCGACCAUUGUCGGAACGCUUCCAGAGGCACAAGGAAGUAUCUGAUAAGGUAAAGAAGGCGGUUGCCGACCUCGGUUUGAAGAUCGUUGCAACCAAGCCCGAAGAUCAGUCUAGCGCCAUGACGGCCAUUUACCUGCCCGACGGCGUUCAGAUUGCGAAUGUUCUGCCUAAGCUGGCCAGCAAGGGCGUCAUUUUCGCAGGUGGUCUGCACAAAGAGAUUGCGACAAAGUACAUCCGGUUCGGACACAUGGGUGUCUCAGCUACGGACCCAGCCAGGACAGACAUUGACAAGGCUCUUGAAGCCCUGAAGACCAGCUUGGCGGAGUGUGGAUAUACUAAGGCUUAG